UAGAAAAAAGGCAGAUCGACAUGGUCAUUGGCAUUGUCCUUAUAUUUCUGCUUGUAAAUUGUACGAAAUCUUAUGAAAAUUUAGCUUUGAAUAAACCAGCAUGGCAACAGACUGACUGGCCAGAUAUUCCUGUAGCCUGGGGAGCUGCGAAGGCUGUAGACGGGCAAUAUACAAACCGUGGAGUUGGAGGCUAUCAGUGUACAAUAUCAGGUCCAAGUCAGUCAACAGCUGAGUGGAGAGUAGAUCUACAGAGAAUAGUCAGCAUCAGCCACAUCAACAUUUUCUACAGGACGGAUAAUUUUCCAAGUCCUGGUGCUUUCUACGAUCGCUUUGCUGGAUUUUUUGUGUACGUUUCUAAUACCACAAGAAGGGAGGAAGGCUAUCUUUGUUUCCAUGAAUUACAUCAAGUGAACGGUACACCGACAGAGAACCAGACAAUUAGCUGCCCUGUACAUGGCCGUUAUGUUAUAUAUUACAAUGAGAGGAGACAGGGUGUUACAUGUCCACGUUACUAUUCACAAUAUUCUUAUAAUGAUUUAUGUGAAUUGGAAAUUUAUGAAAAUCCAGGUUGA